AUGGAGGAUAGCUACAAGCCAAUAGUCCAGCCCCAAAGGAGAUUGAAUCCAGUAAUGCAGGAAGUAGUAAAAAAGGAGAUCGUAAAGCUUUUGGCGGCAGGUGUUAUUUAUCCCAUUUCAGACAGCCCUUGGGAUGGAGAGUCUGUAUUGGUUACAGACGUCUCAAUGAUGCCACUAGAAAAGAUCAUUACUUUACCAUUUAUUGAUCAAAUGUUAGAAAGAAUUGCAGGAUAUAGUUUUUACUGUUUUCUUGAUGGCUAUUCAGGGUAUAACCAAAUACCAAUUGCACCUGAAGAUCAGGACAAAACAACUUUCACAUAUCCUCACGGAACGUAUGCCUAUAGGAGAAUGCCAUUUGGUCUAUGCAACGCCCCUGCUACAUUUCAGCGUUGCAUGUCAGCAAUUUUUUCUGACAUGACUGAAAAAUUUCUUGAAACUUGUGUGGAUGAUUUUACACUCUUUGGCAAAACAUUUGAGGAUUGUCUUCACCACUUGACCUUAGUUCUUAAGAGAUGUGAAGAGACAAACUUGAUUCUGGGAAAAUGUCAUUUUAUGACGGUUCAUAAAAGACUUUUCAAAGGUUUCAAAACCAUCGACUACCUUUUGAUGAAAGAUAUCAAGUUUGAUUUUCCAGAUGAUUAUUUGAAAGUAUUUGAGAACCUUAAGAAAAAGUUAUCAACCGCCCCUGUAGUUGUGUCCCCAGACUGGAAUCAACCUUUUGAGGUCAUGUGUGAUGCUAGUGAUACUGCAGCUGGAGCUGUUUUAGGCCAGAGAAAGGAUAAGAUCUUUCGUCCCAUUUACUAUGCUAGUAGAACAAUGAAUGAGGCUCAACUAAAUUAUGGCACAACAGAAAGAGAGUUACUAGCAAUAGUAUUUGCUUUUGAUAAGUUUCGAUCUUAUUUGAUAGGAACCAAGAUAUUGCAAACUACUUGGUUAGAAAGUGGACACCCCAAGAUCUCUCUUACCAGCAAAGAAAAAAGCUUAUAUCUGAUGCAAAAUAAUGUCAUUAGAAGAUGUGUACCUGAAGAAGAGGUGAACAAAAUUUUAUAUCACUGUCAUGAUGGAGCAAUUGGAGGUCAUUAUGCAGCAAACCAAACAACCUUUAAAGUUUUGGAAGCUGGAUUUUUCUGGUCGACUCUCUUUAAAGAUGCCCAAGAAUAUGUUGCACAAUGUGACAGGUGUCAGAGAACAGGUAACAUCACUAUGAGAGAUGAGAUGCCAUUGCAAUCAAUACAGGUUACUAUACAACCAGAGCAUCUAAUGAAGGCCUCUAUAAAAACAGAGUCACCUACACAGGAGCAACUCCAUGGUGAUCGGUCCAGGUAUUUGAUCAGUAGUAGUCAAGCGGAUCGUCGUGGUGGAGACUCAAGAUUAGAUAGCAGCGUCUUGGUGGGUCUCUUAUAUGCUGUGCCUUAUAUAAAAGCCGCCGGAGCCACCGUCAGCAGUCCACAGUCUCGACGGAGUUUACAAGCACUGUGGGCACAAGUAGUCCGCGGCGACGGCGAUGAGGUUGAAGCGGCAUCGGUAUCCAGUCCUCGCUCGCCGUCACCGUUGCCUCCGAUUGCCGUUGUUACGCCGAAGAAAAUUUCUAUAUCGGAUGAUUGCUCGGCAGCCCAAAAGUCUUCGCCGGAAAACUCUAAUUCUGAUGCUUUGCCGAAGAGUUCUGAUAUGCUCCCCGAAACUGGAGAAACACGGGAGCUGCUAGUAUCCAUUAAUCUUUCUGAAAUUCAGAAAACAAAAAAGGCCUCUUUCCUUCAGUUGCUCUAUUAUAUCAGUGGUGGCAAAAUGGAUAAAAGAAAAUAA